AUGGAUGCGCAAAGCUACAAAGACCACUGCCUCAUCAUCAUUGGGAGUGGCAGCGAGGCUGAUGAAUUGCUUGCUCGCAGGCGGCUGGCUGCUGGAGGUCGUUUGGUGCAUGUGCUCACCGAAGGCGUAAACGAUCCGCGUGUGGCAGUUCGUGCCUUCGAGUCUUUUUCUGGCUGCUUCUUUUGGCAACCUUUGCGGGGGGCAAAAUGUAGCAGCUUCGGGAAGCGACUGGGCCCCAGCUCAAGCACGUACUGGACAAAGAUGGGUCCCGAUGCCAUGGCUCUUCAAAGCAACCAGCGGCUGCAGAUAUUCAAGGCCGGGGGCGGCCUGCGCCACCUCCGGAUUCUAGAUGAAGAGGGUAACAUUGAGGCGGCGAUGUCCGGAGAAGUGAUUCUAAAUCCUGACUUGAUCUUGGCAAAACAGCUUGAUGUUGAAGUGGUCAAUGUUGACCUCCAGCCAUGCGGCAUGUUCUCUUGGCGCUAUCUGCUUUUUGCUGUGAUGCUGGUUCUGCCGUGUCACACCCUGCGAUGGAUCGCUUCCACACUGUAUGAAAAAGAUGCGCAGCCAGGCACUGCCGUGCUGACGACCAGCAUCGUUUUGGUAUAUGUUUUCAUGCUGGCUUCACAGCCGCUCAUGGCCAACCUUUUCUUGCCAGUGGCCACGGCAUUGGCAGAGAUUGGUGAUAUGACCGCGCUGGCAGUCCCCGGCAUGCUCAUUGCAGCGCAUGCUCUGGCGCAGUCGGUGCGCCUGGUCGCCCUGUGGACAGGGGCCGUGAGAUCAGGCAGCUUCCUGUGGAUCGUGAGCGCUGUUCUGACCCUCAUACUGAACAUCCUCUCUCGCCUUGGGUGGAUGCGUUACUUGCUGUUCCAAGGUGCCAAGAAGCUCCUAGGCGUUCGGCUGGCCGUCGCUGCUUUUGGGCCCACUAGCUGGACAAAGCUGCAUGAUGAGAUGAAAGUCUAUUGCGGAUACAUCCGCUUCAUCGAGCCCCUAGCUUUGGCGGCUUCCAGAGCCAUCGUGUAUCGUGACAUCUCACUCACUGGACCCAAGGCACCGGCCUUCAACCCCUCUGCCGCCUGCGCCUUGCUCGUUCUUCUGGUGCUUGAGGCUUUGGAGGAUGCCGUUGUGAUCCACGAGCUUCUGCCGAUGCUCCUGGAUGCCAGGCCACCACAAAGUAAUGCUGACCCAAGCGCGCUGAUCAGCGUGGAGAUUCGGCCGUCCAGCCCAACACAGGCCAUCAAUUACGUAGUCCAGUUCUCAGUCUGGCUUGGGGAAU